AUGACGAGUUUUAAACAUAUUGAUAAACUCAUUGAAAAAAACGAGAUCGUGUGUGAACAAACAACUGAAGACAUUGAAGGACCAAUCGUCCUGUGUUACACGUCGCAGUUCAGACCGUGUGUUGAGUUUUCUAAAGCCAAGACGGAACACGAAUCCAAUGCCAUCACAAUCACUUUCGUUCCAAAGAAAAAUAGCUACGGUGACGUUAAAUCCGAGUUGCCUUCUUCUGUAGAAAUCAAUCAGAAUAUGGAAGGAAGCUUGUGGACUGCUGCUGCUGUUGGUGGUAGUCUCGAGUACAAAGCUGAUACCACGGGACAUCACAGAACGUCCAUCAGUAUCGACGGCUGCCACAUAUUUCAUGACAGAUUUGAUGUCCGCAUCAAGGAACGGGAUGAAGAUCUGGUAAGAAAACUACUUAUAGGAGUUGAUGGUCGGGCAUGUGAAUACAGAGAAAUAUGUUUAUGGAACAUUGAAUUUGAUGACUGGAGAAAAAACAGGAAACAUUGUGAAAUUACAGCAAGCGGUCUGCUGGUCAACACAUAUUCACCCAAACCUCCAUUUAAUCCUCCAGACAGUCUACAUAUGUUUAGCGGAGUUACAGACAGAAUUCAUAUACCAGGACUCGGAUGCUGGUAUUGGCAGACGGACGUAGAUUGUACGGUGCUGAAAAAAGCUAAAACAAAUAAAGUGGCAGCACAAGUUGGCGUCUGUGUAGUAGGACAUUGCGAUGAUGAGAUACACAUUUCAAAUAACAAACACGCUUGGUGCGUUGGUGUCCACAGCUGUACCACUCACAACAGUAUGUGUCCGAAGGCUGUAUCACGUGGAACGUAUCUGUCUGACAUCCCCAUAGCUAGCUUUAAACCAAACACAAGUCUGAACGUCACGCUGGGGUUACUUCUUGACACAGAGAACCCCACCCUUCACGUGGUGAACAUCGACACCAAGUCACUGGUUCACUCCAUACCAAACAUCGACACGUCACAGCCAGUGAUGCCCGUGUUUGGCGUGUUCAAUUCUACAUAUUUCCAGGUCAAAUUGAGAGUAACAUCCGCCACGGAUCUGUCGGUGGAUCCGGCCUUGCUGAUGUUACUUUCCAGCUUAGUUCAACCGUGAUUAUCUGCCUUAGUUAAUCAAUCCCUCAGGUUGACAACUGAAUUUACUUGGCUCGGUGGUGUCAUGGUUAAACCAUCGGACUUAAGGCUGGUAAGUACAGGGUUCACAGCCAGGUAUCGGCUCCCACCCAGAGCGACUUUAACGCCCAAUGGAUAGGUGUAAGACCACUACA